GCUUAUAUCGUAGAACUCAAAAAUGUUGGGUAAUUAACCUUCCAUGUUCAAGUUUGCUGUGGAUUAUCGAGGAAAAAUUAAUUGUUAUUCUUUAUGAUCGUGUUCUUAUAUCGUUUGAGAAACAAGGUCAACAAUGUGAUGAUAUCGAUAUGUUAAUAAUAGAAGACUAUGGUUGUUAG